CGAAGUGGCUGGGAAGAGGGAAGUCUGGGCCUCCCUGCUUAGGCUGCUGCCCCCGCGACCCGACCUCGGAUAAGCAGAAGAAGAUGGAUGGAUGGAUGGAAAAUGGAUCGGCCCUGGGAAACAUCCAUCAUCAUGACCCUUGGGCUCCAGCUCUUCCAGUGGGCGCUGUCGUCCAGCAGGGGGGCGUGUGCAGCCUUGAAUGGUCACUGGGUGACGAGUGGCUGGCGAGUGGGUCCCCUGAUGGCCUCCUGCACGUUUGGGAUGACAUCAUGGGCCUCGCAGGGUCACAUCAGCCAGUCGCCACAAUGCAGCAACCAAGCGCUGUCAAGGCAAUGGGAUGGUGUCCAUGGCAGAGAAAGAUGAUUGCCACAGGUGGAGGAUGGAAAGACGGGAAGCUUCGGAUUUGGGACACGGAGUCAGCGACUUGUGUGACUUCUGCAGACAGCAACUCCCAGAUCUGCUGUCUUCGCUGGACAGACGCCACCAGACGCCUGUUCACGGGGCACGGGCGCCCCCAUCACAGUGCCAUCUGCUGGGAGUGGGACUUAUCUUCACUUAGGCCAAGACGUCACCUAGCUGGUCAUUCAAACCGUAUCUUGCACGUGGCUGCAAACCCUGAUGCUUGCCAGCUGUUUACUGUCGGAGCGGACCAAUGCUUUAACGUCUGGGACGUCUGAUUUCCACCGUGUGGUCUCCACUUUGUGAGAACCUCUCACUAACACACACUUCCUGUUGCUUUACUCAACCAUCUCAACUUGCAAAGCACUUUCUUUUCUUCUGAGGGUGGCAAAGAAAUACAAUGAAA